AUGAUGGUGGAGACCUCGACGCUAGGGCACUUCCACCACCAAAGGCUCGACCUUCGCCGCUGGGUCCCCGCGUUCUUCACCUCGCACAAGACCCUCUUGACCCUUCUAUGGAUCGCCGCCUUCGCCUCCGUUUUUCUGUGGCAGAGGAACAUAGUGGGCGGGUUUCUGGUCUACGGAGGAAUUCCGGGCAGGCCCAUGCCCAUGCUCCGCCCAAUGGCCUUCAAUUUGACGGAUUUCGGUGGGGUCGGUGACGGCGUUACUCUCAACACCGAGGCUUUCGAGAGGGCCGUUUCUGCGGUUUCUAAGUUCGGGAAGAAAGGCGGUGCGCAGUUGAAUGUGCCUCCUGGACGCUGGCUCACGGCGCCGUUUAAUCUCACCAGCCACAUGACUCUCUUUCUAGCUGAAGAUGCUGUUAUACUUGGCAUUGAUGAUGAAAAAUAUUGGCCACUGAUGCCUCCAUUGCCUUCAUAUGGGUAUGGGAGGGAGCAUCCUGGGCCUCGAUAUGGCAGUUUGAUUCAUGGUCAACAUCUUAAAGAUGUUGUGAUAACAGGGCAUAACGGUACCAUAAAUGGACAGGGACAGUCAUGGUGGAAAAAAUAUCGCCAGAAGCGUCUCAACCACACUAGGGGGCCACUUGUUCAGAUCAUGUUUUCUAGUGACAUUGUGAUCACUAAUAUUACUUUGCGUGACUCUCCUUUCUGGACAAUUCAUCCAUAUGACUGCAAAAACAUUACAAUAAAAGGUGUGACUAUAUUGGCUCCUGUGUUUGGAGCUCCAAAUACUGAUGGCAUAGAUCCUGACUCUUGUGAGGAUAUGUUGAUAGAGGACUGUUACAUAAGUGUGGGAGAUGAUGCAAUUGCUGUAAAAAGUGGCUGGGAUCAGUAUGGAAUUGAUUAUGGAAGGCCUUCCAUGAAUAUAAUGAUCCGAAACCUUGUUGUUCGCUCUAUGGUCAGUGCUGGCAUCUCAAUAGGCAGUGAAAUGUCUGGCGGGGUAUCCAAUGUCACGGUGGAGAAUCUUCUUAUAUGGGAUUCUAGGCGUGGUGUGAGGAUCAAGACCGCCCCUGGACGAGGAGCAUAUGUGCGCCAAAUAACUUAUCGGAAUAUAACAUUUGAGAAUGUUCGAGUUGGAAUUGUUAUGAAGACAGAUUACAAUGAACACCCUGAUGAUGGGUAUGACCCUUUGGCACUCCCAAUUCUCAGAGACAUAAGCUUUACCACAGUCCAUGGCCAAGGAGUUCGCGUGCCAGUACGCAUACACGGUAGUGAAGAGAUUCCUGUGAGAAAUGUGACUUUUAAAGAUAUGUCAGUUGGUCUAACCUACAAGAAGAAGCAUAUCUUUCAGUGUGCAUUUGUUCAAGGCCGUGUAAUAGGUACCAUCUAUCCUGCUCCCUGUGAGAACCUUGAUCGGUACAAUGAGCAAGGACAGUUGGUUAAGCAUUCUGCGUCCCAGAAUGUAACAGAUAUAGAUUAUGAUUUUUGAGGUUUCAUGUUCACUAAUUCCUGGCCUUGUUCCUUUUACUAGGGCCUCAAUUUAUGUCUGUAUUAGAUCAUUUUUUGUGGAGGUUGGAGAAGUCAAGUCACGCUUUUCUUUUUUUAAUUCUGUAAGUUCACUUGUCUACAUUUUAUAGCUUUCUGAAAUGGAGUUGUAAAUACAGAAAAUUUUCAUAUGCGUACGUAAGUUUACUAGAUAAGGGGGAUUAUUGCAAGCAAGAGAAUUAUGAAUUUGUCAUUAUGCAUUCAUUUUUCUGCUGAGGAA